AUGAUUUAAUAACAAAUGAUAGAAUUAGGAAAAUAAUUGAAUUGCAGAGAAAACCAUAAUCAACCAAUACAUAUGGUUAUAUUUGACAAAAAGUUGAAGGGAUAAGAAAGUCUUUUAUGUAAUAUUUGUAUGGAAACAUUUGAAUCAGAUAGUAAAAUGAUUGGAUUUAAGAAAGUACUUUAAAUGAUUGAAGAUAAUUAAAAUAGCACAGUAGAUAAUAUCUAAAAAGUCAUUUAAGUUGAUUUAGAUUUAAUUGAAUAAUUUUAAAAUGAAUUGCAUACAAUCAAAUCAAGUAUCAUUAACUAAUUAGAUUAAGUAAUCUCUUAUUUUGAAAAUUGGAUCAAAAGUCUUAAUCAAAUUAAAAAAUUUAAUUCAUAAUAUAGUUUCUAUGAUGAAUUAGAAUUAUUAAUUAAUAAUACAUCUAAAUAAGAAUAAAUAAGAGAUUCAAUUAAAGCACUUAAUAAUUCUUAUUAUUCUAAAAUUAAUUUAUAAUUAUCUAAUCUUAAAAACUUAGAAUUAUAAUCAUAAUGUGAUAAAUACUUAUAAAAUUGGAAUUUAUCUCAUCAAAUACAAGUUAUUGAUAAUUCCAUUAAAUAAGCAGCUCAAAAAUAUCAAAUUACACUCAUUGAUGAUUCAAUAACAUAAUCAAAUUAAUGUAAUGCAAUUUCUUUUAAUUCAUCAGGAUCACUUAUGAUAUCUGCUUCUAAUAAAGAUAUUAAGGUGUGGAAUUUUGAUUAAGGAAAAUUAAAAGAAAUCACUACACUUAAAGCACACACUGAAAAUAUCUGUUGUUUAUUAUUUAGUUAGAAGAGUAAUAGUUUUAUAUCAGCGGGCGGUAAUAAUUCAAUUCGAUGUUGGAAAUAAAUAAAUGAAAAAAAAUGGAAGAGUUCUUUAUCCUAUGAAAAACAUAGUUAAUGGAUUAAAUGUUUAAUCUUAAAUUAAUCUGAAAAGGAACUUUUUUCUGGUGGAGAUGAUUAUUCGAUUAAAAUUUGGUCGAUUGAUUUAAUUUAGAAUGAAUUAACUUAUCUUUACUCAUUAGAUUAACAUACAGGCCAUGUUUAUAGUUUAUGUUUUAAUUAAUCUGAAAAUAUUUUAGCUUCUUGUGGAGGCGAUAAUUAAAUAAUAAUAUGGAAUAAAGAUAAUAAAUAGAAAUGGUAAUUUAUGUAUGUGGUUACAUAAACGAUUUAAGAAUCAGGAUGCAGAUUGUGUUUUAUAAAUGAUAAUUAAUUUAUUUGGGUGACAGGAAAGGAUGUAAGCAACGAUUGUAUCAGCAUUUUCUAAUUAAGAGAUGGAAAAUAUCAAGAAAAUUUAGAUAAACAAGUUCAACUAAUAAAAAAUGAUCAAAUUUGGGAUUGCACUUUAUAUCCUAUAUUUUAUAAUAAAGAAAAGAGUUUGAUGAUUGUUAGACACAAAUUUCAUGUCUAUUUAAUUAAAAUAUCAAAUGAUGGCUAAUUAAAUAUAAUUACAUAGAUGCAAUAUAAAUCCAAUUCGAUUUAAGGAGCAUUAAGUAAUGAUGGAAGAUAUUUAGUAAAUUGGAAUAAGUAUGGAAAGAAAUUUGAUAUCAAUGAAAUACUGAUUAAUUGA